AUGGCACAUGGUCCAUCGGAAGAAAAUUUGCAUCUCAUGCUACAUCGCCAAAAUAUUACAUUGCACGCUUCGUCAGUAGAACGUGUCAAAUUAUGGGGAAAUACAAUCAUGGGAUAUCGCAAAAAACGACUAGCUGCUCAAAAUGAAAAGGCACGCAUAUUAGAAGAAGAGCGAUUAAAAGUAGAUGCUGAAUGGGCAAAACUGCGUGAAAUGGAAAGACAAAAUGCAAUUCAACGAGCACGACAACUUCAACAGUCUGAUCAGCCACGAGUCAGAGCACUUCACUCUCAGCUUCUUCUUUCCAACGUUUUGCAAGAGCGAGACAAACAAAAAGAAUACAAGAAACGACGUGAUAUGGCACAAAAGAUUCACGAUGCAGCUGAUGUGCUGGCUAUGCGAUUAACGCUUUUGGAUGAUAUAGAAAAAGACAAGAUCAAGGCUCAAAAAGAGGUAGUUUGUCGUUAUGAGUUUGCCGAUCAGAUACGCAAGGAAAUAAAUCAAAAGUCAGAGGAAAGGAAAAUAGCACGCCAGAUGGAUUGUGACUACUAUUCACAUGUAUACAAGGACAUUGAGCGGGAAACCAAGGAAAAAAGUAUAUUGGAGCAUGCUAUAAAAAUGCAGGCUGAAAAAGACAGGUGUAGCGCGCUUGCUGAAAUGACAAAGGAAAAAAAGGAAGCGAAAUUGAUCGAGAUAAAAUCAGCAGAUAAGCUCGCAAUGGAUAAUCAAAACUUUAACAGCAAAAAGAACUAUCAUGCCAUUAUGAAAAAGGAGCACGAAAAGCUUCUUGCUCAACAAAGAGAUGCCCGAUUCGAAAAAGUGUCGAAAAUUCCAAUGCAGCUUGAUAGAGAAGCAGAUGAGAAACGUCUGGCUUAUAUCCUCAAAUCAUCACAUGCUAAAGACAACGAAGACUGCGUUCGCCAAGAUGCAGAGCGUGCCAAACACGAACGACACCGAAAAGAACAGCGCGAAUUUCUCGAUCAACAUCGACGACAUGUCCAAGAUUUAAAAAUCAAGGAUAAACUUAUUGCUCAACAGGAUCAAAAAGAUUUGCAAGAAAGGUAUGAAGAGUACGUGCACGAGAUGGCCAAACAGUCCGAGGCAAAGAAUCAAGCUAUGCAGACACUCAACGCUAGCCAAGCCAUACAAAUUGAAUCCAAUCGGAUUGCAGCAGCUAAAAUUGCCAAACAAAAUGCAUUAAUUGAUAGCGAGUUGAUUGCAGCACGCCAAACUGAGGAUGACGAGUUUGAUGCAUAUGCGUCCAAAUUGGUUCAAGAAUGGCGGAAUGCAGGGAAAAACGUUUCGCCCAUUGAGAAGAGUUUAGAAAAAGAGCGCAAAGGGUAUUCUCGGCUGCGACGAGCAGUCGUUAAAGAUUAUUAA